UCCCAAACUGCUGCUCCGGAGGACUGAGUCUGUUGCUGAGAAGAUGCUAACCAACUGGUUUGCUUUCCUGCUUCAUAAGUUCUUGAAGGAGUGUGCAGGUGAGCCUCUCUUCAUGCUGUACUGUGCUAUAAAACAGCAGAUGGAAAAAGGCCCUAUAGACGCCAUCACCGGAGAGGCCAGAUACUCCCUCAGUGAGGACAAACUCAUCCGGCAACAGAUUGACUACAAGACUCUGAUCUUAAACUGCGUCAACCCAGAGAACGAGAACAGCCCAGAGAUCCCGGUCAAGGUUCUGAACUGUGACACCAUCACGCAGGUCAAAGAAAAGAUUCUGGAUGCAAUGUAUAAGAACAUGCCAUAUUCUCAGAGACCCAAAGCUGUGGACAUGGACCUGGAGUGGCGUCAGGGACGAAUGGCCCGAGUGGUCCUGCAGGAUGAAGACAUCACCACUAAGAUUGAAAAUGAUUGGAAGAGGCUCAAUACUCUCAUGCACUAUCAGGUAUCAGACCGCUGUGUGGUUGCUUUGGUGCCCAAGCAGACGUCCUCCUACAACAUUCCACCCACAACUAGCAUCUCUCGGACUUCUAUCAGUAGAUAUGACUCGACAUUCCGGUACACAGGCAGUCCAGACAGCCUGCGCUCCCGUGCUCCUAUGAUCACCCCGGACCUGGAGAGCGGAGUCAAAGUCUGGCACCUGGUGAAGAACCAUGAGCACGGAGACCAAAAGGAGGGCGACCGCGGCAGCAAGAUGGUGUCUGAGAUCUACCUCACCCGCUUGCUAGCUACUAAGGGAACACUACAGAAAUUUGUGGAUGACCUGUUCGAGACUCUUUUCAGCACGGUGCACAGAGGCAGCGCGCUUCCUUUAGCUAUUAAAUACAUGUUUGACUUCCUGGAUGAACAAGCGGACAAGCACAGCAUCCAUGACACCGACGUCCGUCACACCUGGAAAAGCAACUGCCUUCCUCUUCGCUUCUGGGUGAAUGUGAUCAAGAAUCCCCAGUUUGUUUUUGACAUCCACAAGAGCAGCAUCACGGACGCGUGUUUGUCUGUGGUGGCUCAAACCUUCAUGGACUCGUGUUCCACAUCUGAACACAGAUUGGGCAAAGACUCGCCCUCUAAUAAGCUGCUUUAUGCUAAAGAUAUCCCCAACUACAAGAACUGGGUAGAAAGGUACUACGCUGACAUCAGCAGGCUUCCAGCCAUCUCUGAUCAGGACAUGAAUGCGUAUUUGGCAGAACAGGCACGACUGCACUCCAAUGAGUUUAACAUGCUCAGUGCCCUCAACGAGAUUUACUCCUACAUUAGCAAGUACAGCGAAGAGAUCACUGCUGCACUGGAACAGGACGAGACGGCGAAGAAACAACGACUGGCCUACAAAGUGGAGCAGCUCAUCGCUGCCAUGUCACUGGAGAGCUGAGAGAGAGUUAAAUCUGGAACGAAGGAUGAAAGACCUUUAAUCAGUAAAACCAUCAUCCAAAGCCUCUACACACAAAAGAGAGCAACACUGGCUAGAGACAAUUUUUCUACAAUUUUGUGAAGAGGUCACCUUUAAGACCAAUGGACAACUUUUUGCAGGUCACAAGGCUUUUGUCUUGAGGAUGGGAUCAGGAGUGGAAACUAUGGAGUUGUGUUUUUAUUUUUUCCAAGGGAAAAAACAUUGUGGGAGGAGCAGCUUCCUGGCACAUUUUUUGUUUAUCUGGUUGGUUGGCUUUCUUUUUUAGUUCAUCUGGUUCAAUGUGCCUAGCACUGAUUAACAUGAUGGAUGUAAGACACUAAUACUUCCUCAAAAAUGUGCUUGCUAAAACCAUUUCAGGAGGAUUUGAAAGAAGGAAACGGACAUCUACUGCCUCGCCAUUACCGUCCAGUUGAUGGCUUUUACUUCCAAAUUUUAUUUUUAUACAUGAGUGCUUUUUGAGUUUUUUUUUGUUUAGUCGGCUAUUGUAAUUCCUCAUCGUUGGUGUGGAGAAAGUUCAAUUCUCUUUCUUUUCUUGGAAAGCAGCGGCUGCUACCAGCACAGGCUACAAACUUAGACUUUCGAGACCAAAAGGCAUCAACAUUGUCCGGGAGAUAAUGAAACUCCACCAAAAGUGGGCCAAAAUUCAGCCAGCAUGUACCUAGCUCUCUACAGUCGACCAGAAACCAGUGUCAAACUGGACGAAACCCACUUUAUGGUCUCUCUAUGUGCAUACGUCCUGGUUUCUACAUGUAAGCAUAUGUGAAUGUACAAACUUUACUCUAUUUUGUCCUAGCGUUUUUGUUGCUUUUCUAAAAUAGGAGUCAGUUGAGCUGAUCUCCACGGCACGUCGUCCUAAAGAACUGAAAAUCCCUCUCCAUAAUAGUGCUGCUGAGAUUCAGAUAUGAAAGCGGCGACGAGUAGCACAUUCAGCUCAAAUCAUGCGUGGAGAAACCCCACCUUCCCUUUCAAACGAAAAUGGACUCGCUUGACAUCAUCUUACCAGAGAGUAUUAAUUAUUAUGUAUGGUCCAAUGUGUGUGUAGUCUGCAUGCAUUAUACAGUACCUCAUAUAUAAAAAAAAUAAUAAUAAUGUCUCCUUUCCCAUUUACGCCUAUGUUCAAGUGCCAAGAGGUCACAUGAGUUGUGGAUGACUCGAAGGGACGCCGAUGAUGUAAUAUACCUUGUCACUUCCUUUCUGUACACACCCGUCAGGAUUAAGUGCCAAAAGAUCACUUAUUUACACACUUGUCGGUUGAUGCUUUAUUAAGGGAACGGACCCUGUAUACUGUAAAAAACAUCUGUUGUUUUUUUUAAGUUUCGUUCUUACCACUUGCAAAUUCAGGUACGAAAACUUUGGAACGGUAUCUGUAAAUAUAAAGUAUUUGUAAAAUACUUUGUGUCUGGGAUCUUAAUAGCUUGAGUGAGUUUUUUCCGAUCUCUUUUUUUUCCCUAUUUCUUUUAUUCCCCUGCCUGACAUGAAGUAUGUCAACAGAACGCAUGAACAAAAGACGACAUAGCUUUCAUUUAUAAUGCAUGAUGGCAGGUAGAGCUGUUUUUGAUGAUCAUCCGAACCAAAAUAGACAAGGUCGUUCAGGUCAGAGUCAUCUUAGGUUCAUAGAGGUAUCAGGGAGAGACUCCUCAGCUCAGUUUAUACGGUAAAAUGCAGUAUCGGAUGUGAAGACAUAGACUGACACGGCUCAAAUGGCGCUUGUUUUCUUUUCCCCCUGUGGCCUUAGAACAUUGAAUCUGUUAUUUCUAGUUAAUUUAAUCAGCGAUGUGUCAUUUUUCUCUGUCUUUGUUAGCUGUGUUUGUGACUAAUCAGAUAAAGAGAGCUAGCGUGACGAUAAAGAAGGGUGGAAGAAGCAUGCCCUCGCUCAGACGGGUGCUGGGUGGUGUCUGCUGGAGUAUUCGAGAAGCAUAGGAAAGAGAUGGAGAGAGAGAGAGAGAGACAGACCCCUUUAGCUUCAGAUUCCUUCUGCUGCUUUGAAGCUCGCCUUUGAUCUCAACUAGUCGUGUGCACAGUGUGAUCAGGAGAU